CUCAACUACCUCCCCCACGAACGAGUUGGUUUGCCCCAACCCUCAGCUCAUUGUUGCUUGGCGCCGGGUCCAAGAUGGCGCCUGGGAGCCGCCGAUUGUAAGGAGAAGGGAGACCCGGGAACCCGGCGGAGCUAAGGGGGGGAGGCGAAGAAGGAUUAUAGAAGGCAAAUCCCCCCCGCUGCCGGCUGUGGAUUAGUAUGCUCUCGGGAUAUGGGCGAGAAGUUGGAACUCCGGCUCAAGUCUCCCGUGGGAGCCGAGCCUGCCGUCUACCCUUGGCCGCUGCCCAUCUACGAUAAACAUCAUGAUGCUGCACAUGAAAUUAUUGAGACCAUUAGGUGGGUAUGUGAAGAAAUUCCAGACCUCAAGCUGGCCAUGGAAAAUUAUGUGCUUAUAGACUAUGAUACAAAAUGCUUUGAGAGCAUGCAGCGACUAUGUGAAAAGUAUAACCGUGCUAUUGACAGCAUCCAUCAGCUGUGGAAGGGCACCACUCAACCCAUGAAGUUGAACACACGACCAUCCACUGGUCUCUUGCGACAUAUUCUACAACAAGUUUACAACCACUCUGUGACUGACCCUGAAAAACUCAACAACUAUGAGCCUUUUUCUCCAGAGGUGUAUGGGGAGACCUCCUUUGAUCUGGUGGCUCAGAUGAUAGAUGAAAUAAAAAUGACUGAAGAUGACCUCUUUGUUGAUCUUGGCAGUGGUGUUGGACAAGUUGUUUUACAAGUAGCUGCAGCAACUGGGUGCAAACAUCACUAUGGUGUAGAGAAGGCCGAUAUCCCAGCUAAGUAUGCAGAGAGCAUGGACAAAGAGUUCAGAAAGUGGAUGAAAUGGUAUGGGAAAAAACAUGCAGAAUACACACUGGAGCGUGGAGACUUCCUCUCAGAAGAGUGGAGGGAAAGAAUAGCCAACACAAGUGUUAUUUUUGUGAAUAAUUUUGCCUUUGGUCCUGAGGUCGAUCACCAGCUAAAGGAGCGAUUCGCCAACAUGAAGGAAGGUGGCAGAAUUGUAUCCUCCAAACCUUUUGCACCUCUGAACUUCCGCAUAAAUAGCCGUAACUUGAGUGACAUUGGCACUAUUAUGAGAGUUGUGGAACUAUCGCCACUCAAGGGGUCUGUUUCUUGGACCGGGAAGCCUGUCUCUUACUACCUGCACACUAUAGACCGUACCUUACUUGAAAAUUAUUUUUCUAGUUUGAAAAAUCCAAAACUCAGGGAGGAGCAAGAAGCAGCUCGAAGGAAGCAGCAGAGAGAAGGGAAAAGCAACAACACCACACCCACAAAAAUUCAGGAAGUCAAGGAUCCUGUCGCAGAAGAGGAGAAGCCGGCUCCAAUGAAGAAGGCUUCACCAGCCAAAGCACGUAGGAAGCUCAGCAAGAAGGGCAGAAAGAUGGCAGGACGAAAAAGGGGACGUCCGAAGAAACUUAUCCCUGCUGCAGGGGAGCGUAAACCCUCUAAACCACAAACUGCACUGGAAACCCUACAUCAACAAAAUUUGUCUACACCUCAGUCCCCAACACAAUCACCCCCUCAGGAUACAUACAAGUCACCUCACAGUCCCUACUACCAGCUACCUCCGAAAGUGCAACGCCAACCUUCCAACCAGCUCCUGUCUUCUCCCACGCCUCCUGCCCUGCAGAAGCUGCUUGAUUCCUUUAGGAUCCAGUAUCUUCAGCUUAUGUCUUACAUGAAGACUCCUCAUUAUAAAGCAGGAUUACAGCAACUGUUAGAGCAUGAAAAGGAGAAGAAUUCCCAUCUCCUUGGUGCCGCUCAGCAGCUGCUCAGUCACUGCCAAGUUCAGAAGGAGGAAAUCAAGAAACUAUUUCAGCAGAAGCUGGACGAGCUGGGAGUCAAGGCCCUCACUUACAGUGAUCUCAUCCAAGCCCAGAAAGAGAUCUCUGCUCACAACCUGCAGCUAAAAGAACAGAGUAGACAGUUGGAGCAAGAGAAUGGGGAACUGAAGAAUCGCAGCUUACAAUUGUUGAAGGCACGUUGUGAGGAGUUAAAGCUUGACUGGAACACGUUAUCUUUGGAUAAUCUGAUGAAGGAGAAAAUGGCACUAAAGAGCCAGAUAUCAGAGAAGCAGAAACACUGUUUGGAGCUGCAGAUAAGUAUUGUGGAGUUAGAAAAGCUCCAGAGGCAACAUGAACUUCUUCAGCUCAAGUCUUCCACUUUGUCAGAUGACCAUCCACCAAACCACAACCGUUCCAAGGGUGCUUUUAAUUCUCGAUUUUCUUCAGACCCUUCUCCUGGACGCCAUGUGCCACCUCCAUCUACCCAUACCAAUGACCUGAGUCCAGAGCAACACAUGAAUGGUCAUGCUUCACAUUACGAGCUUUACGGUACAUGCCGUGCUGGGGGAAGCAGACCCUGCUCUAAAGAGAGCACUCCUUCUCAUUUCGAGCACUGUGACAAUGUUCCCAGUACACAAACCCCUGUUUCUCGGCACAAAGAGCGGACAUGUGGUCAUUCCCAACCAGACUAUACCCGCUACUCACCUGCUAAAAUUGCUAUGAGACGGCAUCUCAACCAGGAACCCAUUAUGAAUGCAAGAGGCUCGGAUAUCAUUCAUAGAGGUGAUGGUAGGGAAAAUGGCUUCAUGUCCCACAGUCCAGGGAUUCCCGAUGGAAUUUCAUUUAGUCCCCAGGAAUCUCGUCCUUCAUCACCUGAAAUAGGCCAUGGACCCGGAGAGAGGCUAGUAGAGAAGUCCUUGCGUGAACGCAGCUCUCCUUCAAACCCAGAGACCAUUACCAGCCUACCAAUCAGCAUUCCCCUAAGUACAGUGCAACCCAACAAGCUGCCGGUCAGUAUCCCGCUGGCCAGUGUGGUUCUUCCCAGUCGCGUUGAGAAGAGAAACAGUCCCAGUCCUGGAUGUCAUAGCAGAGAUGGCUCAAUUCUGGAUAAUACAUUUGGUGCUACUUCUAACAGCCUUAGUUAUGCUGCUGUCUCAAAGCCAUUGGCUCCCUCAGGUUACUUCUACUCUUCUUGGCCUUCUUCUGUAAAUGGGCCAGUUCUCAACAGCCACGGUUCGGAGACUGAUUGCAUGGAUGACUCUUCAAAUUCAGGCACCCUUUCAAACUCUGGGGGUUCUCGGAGCUCGACGCCUUCACAUCACCAACAGUCUUUUCAACGUUCUCCUGCCCAACAUGCCUCUUCUAGUAGCCCUUGCACCUUCCAAGAUCUCGGUAAAGUGUCUGGUGAGGGAGAAGCUGAUACAAGUGACACAGACAUUGAAGCCAAGAGGCGAAUCAUUUUUACCAUUACUAGUGGGGGAGGAGGCUCCAAUGGCAGGUCACCUUCAAACAAGCACAGCCCAUUGACUGCCACCAUUCGCAUGGAAUGUGGUACAGGUCAGGAUGGCAGAAGGAAAGGUAGUAGAAGGAAGAGAUCGUCAACAGUUAACCACAACUUUGGGGUAUCUCCGAAACGCAAAUCCCUUCAAUCAUCCCUGGGGCUGAGUGGAUAUACAUCAGGCUCUCCACUGAAUAUAAGCUCUAUGGUAAAUAACAUUAACCAACCCUUAGAAAUUACUGCCAUCUCCUCUCCUGAGACCUCUUUGAAAGGUUCCCCUGUCCCCUACCAGGAUCAUGAGUUGCCUCCUGUGCUAAAGAAAGAAAAACCCCUUCCAGCAACCAAUGGGAUCCAUUACUCACCCUUAACGUCUGAAGAUGAAUUUGAAGAGGACUCCCAUAGUGCUAGAAAUGAGAAAAAGAAUUCCAGUCUGUGCUUUGAAAAUAAAGACUCUCCCCAGAGAAGUGAGGGGGAAAGAGGUCUCCCGUACUCUGGCAGGAAAUCCUCAUGCGAGAGCAUAGGCAAAUGGAAAUCCACCUUCUCCCCGAUUUCUGAUACAGCUCCCGGCCGCGCUCCUGACAGCCCCUCCUCACCCCCUCGCCACAAUACCCACUAUCCCUCUGGUGAUGGUGCACGACGGGGGACAGGGGGUACAAGUCCAUUGUCCGCUAGUGCCCUAAGUGAUCAUACCAGGGCAGACGUCAGCAAGACAGUAGCUGAAAGUAACUUAUUCCUGAAUAAAAAGCUGGUAUCGGAAGUCGCCAAAAGAGAGGACAGGGUCCAAGUGGCAAGAGUUGAUCGCACUAAUGGCAAAGCUUCCCGUAGCCGGGAGAGGGAUGGGGAAGGGAGGUUGGCUGGCAACUUAUUCAUGACACAGGGAACAGGAGUUCUGCUGAAUGGUAAAGUUUCAAGCUCAGCCCCGCUCAACCAACACCACCAUUUCUUAAGCAGUUUGGCAGCCAGCUCCCAGCUUGCUCUGCAAGGUAGCCUCAAUUCAGUGGCCAGCAACUCGGUGCUACAGUCCCUCUUCAGUUCCAUGCCUGUACAUGUGACUGGGCCGGCAGGUCGACUGGCUAACUCGCACGGCAUGGCCAGUUUCACAGCUCCUGGAGUGACUGGCGGUACUGUAGGAGGUAUCUGAAAUGUCUACCUCGCUCUGAAUGACCUAUGCAAAGACAGACCUGCUAACUUUUUGGCAUUUUGGUUUUCUCUACCUUCCUCCAAAAGGUGCUCUACACAAUUUUUGGGGAAGGAGAAAGAUUGAUUCACUCAUUCUGUCUCUUGUAGCUACCACUGGUUAAACUUACAAUCACUUCAUCUGUCUACCCCAAGGACAAACACACAACAUUAUUCCACUGUGAAUGAGAUUGGGCAAUGAAAAAAGGGGAGAUUCUUUUUUGUUUUGCAUUUAUUUAUCAAAUUUCAUUUUGUUUGGAUAUUGACACAAGUCUUUUUCUUCUUGAUUUCUGGGCGAUCGUAUGUCUUUUUUUUUGUUUUCAUAAAUAUAUAUGUAUAUGGAGGACAUAGCUCAAAGGACGAACAGAAAAAAAGUGAAAUGAAAUGCUUUGAGAUUAAUAUGGGUGAUUGGGCAGGAUUUGGGGACCUGUCACCCCUCGACAGAUUUAACUGGUGCUACGCUUAGAAGAUCGUGCCUCUGUAAACUGGUGCUGUUAAGUUGCGGUGCUCUUUGAACAGUACACACUGGGACUUUGGAUCCAUUGUGUAAUAUUAUACGUGCUUAAUUUAUUAAUGAUUCCUGUCCCUAUGUAACCAAAGUACAUUUUGUUCUGUUCCUAGUACAUUAACAGAUUUUUUUGGUCUGCUGAUAGAGUUGAACUAUCCUCCUCGUUUUUGUUUGUCAAUUUUUGGAAGAUGUUAUGGCAGCUAAUUUUGUUUGUAUGUUUGUGUGGGGCAAGAAGAACUGUUUCAAUGCAGGUUAUUAAGGCAGUGGUUAAACAUAGUGGUAUGAGUUUCCUAGCUACAAUGAUGUUACACUAUGUAAAUGAUCCGGCCCAGCAAGGACUUUUUAAAGAAUUUUCUUUUUCUUUUCAAAUCUAACUUAUUCCUUAAUGUUUUCUUUUUUUUUUUUUUGUGUGAUUUUUGCAUAGACUGAUUUCUUUAAACUUUAAUGCAUAUCUCGACAUUUGUAAAUGUAUGAAAAUGUAUAUACUAAAUUUCUGUAUAGGUGCAUAUAUUUAUAUGUAUAUAGACUUGCACAUAUAUAAAUAUAUUUUAUGCUGUCCUGAAAAUAUAAGCUCCUCUGAGAAGCCACAAUAUGGGAUUAAAACAAGCCUAAUUUCCUGCAGGUUCCCUGGGUGGUUACAGCUCGCAUUGAGUUUUUAUACAAAUUUUUCCUGUCUGGGAAUUCCAUAACUUUCAUGAUAUUGCUUACUUUAACACUGAAAGUGCCAGGGGCUGUGGCAACAGAGCAUUUUGCCAAGCUCUGCUUCCCAUGCUUGCAUUCAUGUGGUCAAGGUGUCGGAAUUAUAUGCAACAUCACAGAAGACAAAUUUCUAAAUGUCAUACCCAUGCCCAGCACUUACAACCAACAGCAAAUGUGUGUUUUGCUUUUUGUCACUUUCCUUCUCUUCCAAGAUCAUCUGCUGGUAACGCUAGAGAAGUUGAUCAUUUUGUAUUGUGCUGCUGCUUCUUCUGACUGUGAAAUGUAGAGAUUGUGCUUGAAAUUUUAAACCCGGUAACCUUUGUCGGCACCCAAAUUAAACUGCCAAUUUACCUUCUUUCAGCUUCCAGUGAAAUGCAUCAGAAUUAAUGCGUAAUGACCCUCCAAUCCCCAGAUUAUUCAAUGGAACCCAAUUAUCAUAUCUGCAACAUUCAUACUUGAAGUGUUGCAUUGACUAAUUUGGGACUUGGAAUGUUUUUGCACUGCUUCAUGCAUCCCCCACAAUGUGCAGCUGUUAUCACAAGAUGGUGUUAAAUCUCCCCAUAUUACCCAUAAUGUUCACAGUGAGGUGGGUCAUUCUUUAACUACUCUCAUUCCUUGUAUAUCCUUGACUUCUGAUCAGAACAAUCGCACUUUACAAUGUGUGAGUAACUUUUAAGCUAACUACAUUUUUUUUUUCAUUCCAAUAAUGUAGUCUGUUCCAAGCUCCUUGGAUUCGUACUAUGUGUUUGCCUUAAUAACCUGCACAGAGCAACAGUUGGAUCUUUCCGAUGGCUUUGAAAGAGUGGAUUUAAUAAUAAAAUAAAAUAAAUCUAUCUAUAUAUAAAUAUAUGGGUGCUUGGCAGUCUGUGUAAUAAAAUUCAUUUUGGUGUAAGUGUUUUCCUCUUAUUUUUCAGUUUUGCAUUAGUGGGAAAUAUUGCGUUAAACAGGCAUUUUGUGUUAAUUACCCAUUCAAAAUCCAUAGUAAUUAUUUUCAUAUUGAGUUUAUGCUUUGUUAAAAAAAAUAAAAAAAAAAAUAGACAAAAAGUGGCAACCACCUUCCCUUUAAUGCCAUGUUUUCCCUAUUACUGUACUUUCACUUUUGUAAAACCCUGCUUUGGAUUACAUUUUCAUAUAUGGUGCACAGAGCUCUCUAGAUCUAGAACCAUUUAAAAAAAAGAAACCUUUUUAAAAUCAGAUUGUCAUACAGGAUUAGUUUUUAUCUUUUUUUGUAGAGAAGUCUGUAUAGAAAACCCAUUUUAAAUACAAAUCUGGCCUGUAUUUGACUGAACUGUGUAAUAUAAAAAAAUAAAGAUGUUCUAAAUUGGCAAUACAAUUCCUGAUGCCUGAUUUUGUUUAGAUAGGUUCAACUUGUUUGAUAUGUUGAUGAAUUUAUUUGGAAAGAAUUGAAGUCUCUAAAACUGCUGAAUCUGACUUCGUUGUUAAUAAACUUUUAUGAACUGU